ACAAUUAUAAAGCUCAUGAGAUAAUGCUCUCAAAAGCUUAACAUAUAAAUUAUCACAUGUGUAUGGGCUACAAAGAUAAUACUACUACAACAAUGGCAGAACUUUCUCCUUUAACCAAACAAGAAGUAGCAUCAAUGCUGGUUCAAGAGAUAGCUAAAAAAGGUGAUGAAAUUCCAGAUAACUUUCUUCACAAAGAUGGUAUCCCUGAAGCCAUUUAUGACCCUGAUUUGUGGAGGAAUGAUCUCCUUAUUGAUUUCUCUCUUCUUUCUUCUUCCUCAACAACGGAACUCGCGAAACUCCGAUCAGCUCUCUCUCAAUGGGGUUGUUUUCAGGUAAUAAAUCAUGGGAUAGAGGUCUCAUUCCUUGAAGAACUGAUUGAAGUUUCCAAGCAAUUCUUUGCUCUUCCCCUAGAGGAGAAGCUCAAGUGCUUUGAAGCAUUUCAAGGUUAUGGUAGUGAUACUUAUUCUUUUAAGCCAAAAACUUCCAAUUGGAAUGAUAGGAUAUUUCUUUCACUCUCCCCUAAGGAAAAGGUAAAUCUCCAAUGUUGGCCGCAGAAGCCUCAAAAUUUCAGGAUAAUGAUUGAGGAGUACUCAAAGAAGUUAACAACAAUGAAUGAAGUCAUGAGUACGGCAAUGGCAAAAUCACUUAACUUAGACGAAAACUGCCUACGUUUUGGGAAACGAGAACCAGCAAGUAUAAGGUUCAAUUUCUAUCCUCGUUGCUCAUCCCCUAAGCGAGUUCUUGGGUCCAAGCCACACUCGGAUCUCACAACAUUAACAUAUCUAUUGCCGGAGAAAGAUGUUGAAGGUCUUGAAAUAUUGAAAGAUGAUAAAUGGUACAAGGUUUUGCCCAUCCCUGGUGCAUUGUUUAUCAACUUCGGUGACUCUGGAGAGGUAAUGACUAACAGGGUAUUUAAGACCUCUGUACAUAGAGUGAGCACAAAUUCUGUGAAGGAUAGGAUAUCUGUGGCCGUGUUUUUUAGUCCAAAGGAUGAUGAGGAAGUUGGACCAGCAAGUGAAUUAAUUAGUGCUAAUCAGCCUCAAGUCUACAACAAGUACAUCAUGUCUGAGUAUCUGCGAGCAUUUUUCGAAAGCUAUAAGCUAGGGUCAGGAAGACCACUUGAUGCAUUUCAAAUUUAGCGUGUUUUUACACAUCUUAAGAAUAAAUUAAAACUGUUUGUUUAUGAUUUGCAUGGGUGUUGUAGAGACUAGAAAGAGGUGAAUUCUACAUGCUUCUGAGUUUAAUUAAUUGUACUCUAUUGUCUAUUCUUCUUUGAUUUGGGCAUUUGUGAGGAUCACGGGUAUGUGUCUAAAUGUCAAGUUUGGCUAUUUUAUGUAGUAACCAAAUGUUUUGGGUCAAAACUCAAGUGUCAUAUGUCGAUCAGCUUAUUGAAUUGUCAAAAAAAAUAUAUUAAUGGAAAAAGUAUUAUUUACUUCA